UUGAUGGCCCCAUAAAAGGAACGUUCAGUUUGUGCUGUGUUCAGUUCUACAAGAUUUCUUGCGGAGGUUUUAGUCGACUAAAAAGAGCUGUAACGUAUUUUAUUGAAAAUUUUUGCUACAUUACGAGGUAUUUCUACGGAAGAUAAACAUGCAGAUCUUUGUUAAAACAUUGACUGGAAAAACAAUAACCCUCGAGGUAGAAGCUUCCGACACGAUCGAAAAUGUAAAAGCAAAAAUUCAGGAUAAAGAGGGCAUUCCUCCAGAUCAGCAAAGAUUAAUUUUUGCUGGGAAACAGCUUGAAGAUGGACGUACAUUGUCUGAUUAUAACAUUCAGAAGGAAUCCACCCUCCAUCUUGUACUCAGACUUCGUGGAGGUAUGCAAAUUUUUGUGAAGACUCUUACAGGAAAGACAAUUACUUUGGAAGUCGAGGCAUCUGAUACUAUUGAGAAUGUCAAAGCUAAGAUUCAGGACAAAGAGGGCAUCCCUCCAGAUCAGCAAAGAUUAAUUUUUGCUGGGAAACAGCUUGAAGAUGGACGUACAUUAUCUGAUUAUAACAUUCAGAAGGAAUCUACAUUGCAUCUUGUACUCAGACUUCGUGGAGGAAUGCAAAUUUUUGUAAAGACCCUAACAGGAAAGACGAUUACUUUGGAAGUCGAAGCGUCUGAUACUAUUGAGAAUGUUAAGGCUAAAAUUCAGGACAAAGAGGGCAUCCCGCCAGAUCAGCAAAGAUUGAUAUUUGCUGGAAAGCAGCUUGAAGAUGGACGAACAUUAUCCGACUAUAAUAUUCAGAAGGAAUCCACUCUCCAUCUUGUACUUCGUCUUCGAGGAGGCAUGCAAAUUUUUGUAAAGACUCUUACUGGGAAGACGAUUACUCUGGAAGUCGAGGCGUCUGAUACUAUUGAGAAUGUUAAGGCUAAAAUUCAGGACAAAGAAGGCAUCCCGCCAGAUCAGCAAAGAUUGAUUUUUGCAGGAAAGCAGCUUGAAGAUGGACGGACGUUAUCUGACUAUAGUAUUCAAAAAGAAUCUACAUUGCAUCUUGUACUUAGACUGCGUGGAGGAAUGCAAAUUUUUGUAAAGACUCUUACAGGAAAGACAAUUACUUUGGAAGUUGAGGCAUCUGAUACUAUUGAGAAUGUUAAAGCUAAAAUUCAAGAUAAAGAGGGCAUUCCCCCAGAUCAGCAAAGAUUAAUUUUUGCCGGAAAACAACUAGAAGAUGGACGAACAUUAUCUGAUUAUAACAUUCAGAAGGAAUCCACUCUCCAUCUUGUACUCAGACUUCGUGGAGGAAUGAAAAUUAUCGCGAAGUGUCUUACAGGUAAGAUUACUAUUUUGGAUGUCGAGGGUACUGACACUAUUCGGACUGUUAAAGCUAAAAUUCAAGAAAAAGAGGGUAUUCUACCACAUCAGCAAAUAUUAGUUUUCUUUGGGAAACGGCUAGAAGAUGGACGUACAGUAGCUGACUAUAAAAUUCAAGAAGAAUCUGUGGUGAAUGUUGUACUCAGUCUUCAUGAUUGAAUGCAUUUUUUUUGUUAAAACUCUUACAGGAAAGACAAUUACUCUGGUAGUUGAGGCGUCCGAAAAAUUCAAGAUAAAGAGGGUAUCCCACCAGAUCAGCAAAUAUUAAUUUUCGCCGGGAAGCAGCUUGAAGAUGGACGUACAUUAUCCAGAAAGAAUCUACCCUCCAUCUUGUACUUCGACUUCAAAUUGUAUUUCAAAUUUGUACAGGUAAAUCUUUGUAUUUGGAUCUUAAGGACAAUGUUUUUAAGAAGGAAGGCAUCCCUCUAGAAGAGUAACGGAUGAUCUAUGCUGAUAAACUACUGGAGGAUGGUCGCAAACUUUCCGACUACAAUAUUUAUAAGGACUCGACCCUUUUUUUAAUUCUCCGCCUAAGUGGUGGUGCUUUAUGAUUCCUGAAUUUGAUUUAGUUUUAAAGCAUAGACAUAUAUGAUAAAUGGAAAUACAUUUUUUUACUUAUAUUCUUACUAGCGACUGAUUAUCUAAUAUUUAUGUUAAUGGUAUACACUGGUAAAUAAAUGAUGCUUUAAUGAAAUUAA